AUGGCUGGAAAACCUACUAUUCGCCUGGCGACACCAGAGGAUGUCCCGCUCAUCUUGCAGUUCAUUCAAGAACUCGCCGACUAUGAAAAGGCCCUCCACGAAGUCGAGGCCACCGAAGAGUCCCUCUUAGCCACCCUUUCCUUUCCCGGUACCCCGCCAAAGCGUGGCGCUGUCUACACGGCCCUCGUUACCUUGCCACCCACCGUUGAGAACCCCGCUCCCAUCCCCGUCGGUAUGGCGCUCUACUUCUACAACUAUUCUACUUGGCGCUCGGCUCCGGGUAUCUAUCUGGAAGAUCUAUAUGUCCAGCCAAAUGCGCGUGGUCACGGAUGUGGCACUUUGCUGCUGAAGUACCUGGCCAAGCAGGUGAUUGAGGCGCAGGGCCGUCGGUUGGAGUGGAGCGUUCUUAAGUGGAAUGAACCUAGCAUUCGUUUCUAUGAGCAGAUCGGAGCCAAAGGAAUGGAGGAGUGGAUGAAGAUGAUGGUAGACGGUGAUGCUCUGACCCAAUUGGCCGAGGGUGCAUAG